UGGUCAAAGUUUACUUUACAUACCAAAAAAUGCACUCAGGUCAAAAUCAGAACCAUGCUCGUCCCCAAGCUGAGGUUCUCAUCUCUUCCUCACCAUUUUCACAACACCAAACUUCUUUUUUCCUCUUCUUCUUCUUCGCAAUUCUCUCAAUGGUCAGGUCUCCAAAGCUGGAGAGAGAGCCCACUAAACGAGGACCGGUUUUGGGGACCCAAUGGCCCUCGGCCUCUGUUACAGUCCCAAUACUCCUCCAAAGACGCUGACACUCCUAACAGCCCUCUGGAGGCUACUGGUUCCUCUCUUGCAGAGCUUGGUGCUCUGGUUCUCUCUACCGCUGACCCUCUUACCAAAUCCAAGCUCUCUCAUUUGGCUUUCUCCAGGUGGCGCAAUGAGAAUCUGCCCAUUGGGGUCUGUCAGCCUCCUUCUCGACCUGCUCGCCCUCCUAAGCCUCAAUUGGUUUCCCCAAAGGAGAUUCCGGUCCCCAAAAACUCUAGACUGCCUCUUAACGCUUACAUGCUUCAUAACCUUGCUCAUGUGGAGCUAAAUGCAAUUGAUUUGGCAUGGGAUACUGUUGUUCGAUUUUCUCCCUUCUGUGAGAUUCUCGGGGAACAAUUUUUUGCUGACUUUGCUCAUGUUGCUGAUGACGAGAGCCGCCAUUAUGCUUGGUGUUCACAAAGACUUGCUGAGAUUGGUUUCAGUUAUGGAGAUAUGCCUGCUCAUAACUUACUUUGGAGAGAGUGUGAGAAAUCAUCAAAUAAUGUUGCUGCUCGUUUGGCUGCCAUCCCAUUAGUACAGGAGGCUAGGGGUCUUGAUGCUGGGCCACGCUUGGUGCAAAAAAUGGUUGGCUUUGGGGAUCACAGGACAUCUAGCAUUGUAGCUAGGAUUGCUGAAGAGGAAAUUGCACAUGUAGCUGUUGGUAUGUUCUGGUUUAUCUCAAUCUGUCGUAAAAUGAAUCGUGCUCCAUGCUCAACAUUUAAAGAGUUAUUACAAGAGUAUAAUUUGGAGUUGAAAGGGCCUUUUAAUUAUUCAGCUCGAGAUGAAGCUGGCAUUCCACGAGAUUGGUAUGACUCAUCAUCAAGAAGUAAACAAGAUGCCGAAGAGAAUCAGAACAAUAGUAAGCAGCUUUCGGAGGUUUAUGAUAGGCUGGCGUGUCUUAUAUCCAUGGAGAGUGAGCAUUCAAGUUUAAAUAGACCAUCUGAAUGACUUAUUGGUAGAGUCUCUGCAAUGCCCUGAGUACAUUUCAAUAUGUUAAACCUAUGGCAUGAAGCAGUCCUGUUUGGUCAGUAUUCUACUUCUGAUGUCUGGAAUUCAAUGUCCAGUUUUCCAUGAAACCAAAGAUGACAAGGAAAAUUUUGUUGCUUUGUUGGUUGUUUGACGCAGCACAUUUAUAUAUUUGAAGCAGAUGCAGAAGAGCUCACCUGUAGGUCUGAAUUGGGGUUAGACACAAAAACUGAACUACUUUGUAGAGCAUUGCGGAAUCUGUAGCAAACCGUGCUUCUUUCCUCUUUCCUUCUAAUUGUCUUUUUGUGAUUAUAUUAGGUUCAUUGCUGUAACCUUGUAUAUAUAUUUUUACAUAUAUUUGAGGAAAGGGACAUUCAAAUUUUACUUUUUUAAAA